AUGGCUCCGGACACGCCGAAAGGGGUCUCUUCGAGGCUCUUGACAAUGAAAUUCAUGCAACGAGCUGUUGCAUCGGCUUCAUCGUCGCCACAAACAGAUGACAGCUCUCAAUCGUCGAAAAAGCGAAAGUUGAAUAAUUCAGCGGCCACCGCAGCAGAACAAAGGGUCAGCGCCUUGAUCGAUCAGGCAUCGAUCAAAGCAGCGCUUGAUGAUCAAGAGGCGAAGCGACAGGCAGCGCUUGCCCAACACACUGCGAGCGGCGCGCAUUGGGUUCUGAAUACAAAGCUGGACAAACUGAAUGGCAGCACGCCUUCAGAACCGUCUCUGAAUGUUGUGUAUGUGGGCUACGGAGAUAUAGAUUCAGAUAACGAGUCUGGCGGCGAAGACGUCCCGCAGAGUGGCCGGACUUCGACGCGGAAGCCCAAGGAGGUUGAGAAUCAAAAACCCAAUUCCGAGAAAGACGACGGCUCAAACGAUGAAUCAUCCAGUGAUGGCGAGGACUCGAGUCGGAAGCGCAAGGAAAGACAUUCAGAUGCUGGAGACGGCUCAAGUCGCUCACGCUCACAAUCGCGACCGAGAUCUAGACCUAACGACGAAAGUAAAAGGGCCAAAGACUUCCGUGAAAAGAGAAAGAAGAAGGAACUUUCGCUGAACAAGAUCACCUCCAUAUCAUCAUCUGGGGGUGCUAGCAAAGGUGCUAGCAACUCAGCCUCCUCUGCAUGUUACAUCUGCAAGCAGCCUGGACAUAAGGCCGCUAGCUGCCCCAAAAGUGGUUCCAAGCGAUCAUGA